AUGAGGCUGUUUGGUUACAUUAUCCUUUUGGCUGCAAUCUUACAUUGUUCAUAUGCACCACCUGUUUCUCCUGAGAAGCCUAAGGAACAAGACAGUGAUGUUGUGGAUGAUCUUGCCGAGUACACGGAGUAUCAUAGAUAUUUGAAGGAGGUUGUACAGGCUUUGGAAAGUGAUCCGGAGUUUAGAGAACGAUUGGAGAAAGCUGACGAGGAUGACGUUCGUACAGGUAAAAUUGCUGAACAACUCGACUUCGUCAAUCACAAUGUGAGGACGAGGCUUGAUGAGAUUAAGAGGCAAGAGUUGGAACGUCUGCGGCAUCUUGCGACCAAGCAAUACGAGCUGUCAAACAAUCUGGAAGCUGAAGGCAAAGUUCCAUCCAGUGACCACUUGGACCAUUCAAAUCCACACACCUUCGAAAUAGAAGAUCUCAAGAAAUUAAUAUACAAGACGACGGCUGAUCUUGAAGCUGCUGAUAAGAAGAGACGGGAACAGUUUAAGGAAUAUGAAAUGCAGAAGGAAUAUGAGAAACAUCAGAAGAUUGAAGCACUUGAUGAGGCUCACAAGAAGGAAUACAUGGACAAAUUGAAACAGGAGGAGGAAGCUAAGAAACAUCACAAACCGCUACAUCACCCGGGUUCUAAACAACAGUUAGAGGAGGUGUGGGAGAAACAGGACCACAUGGACCAACAAUUUGACCCGAAAACAUUCUUCAUGACCCAUGAUGUGGACGGUAAUGGUUUCUGGGAUGCGGACGAAGUUAAGGCUCUGUUUAUAAAGGAACUGGAUAAGAUGUACGGUCCGGGGGGUCCGAAUAAAGACCUCCACGAACGAGCUGAAGAAAUGGAACGCAUGAGAGAGCACGUGUUCAAAGAAAACGAUAAAAACCAUGAUGGUCUUAUAGAUUUCAAUGAAUUCAUGCUCGAGACUCAGCGAGCUGAAUUCAAUCAGGACGAUGGUUGGAAACCAAUCGACGAGAACCAGAUUUAUACUCAGGCUGAAUACGAAGCUUAUGAACGCCGACGACAGGAAGAACUGCAUUACUUACAACAACGCGGACUGGUUGAUGCUCAUGGCCGGCCCAUUCCUGGUGCACAGCAUCAAAUAAAUCAGGCAUACCACCAGAUGCAGCAGCAAUACCAGCAACAGUACCAUCAAGGCCAACCGAUGCAGCAAUACCCUCAAGGACAGUAUCCGCCGCAAUACCAGGGACACGUACCACAAGGACAGUACCAAGGUCAAGUAUCCCAAGGACAAUAUCAGGGACAAGUUCCACAAAGUCAAUAUCAGGGACAAGUUCCACAAGGUCAAUAUCAAGGGCAAGUUCCGCAAUAUCAGGGACAAAUCCCACAAGGACAGUACCAAGGUCAAGUACCUCAAGGACAAUAUCAAGGACAAGCGCCCGCAGGACAGAUUCCUCAAAGUAAAGUCCAGCAAGCACCAGGUCCUCCACAAGCACCACAGGGACAAGCAGCACCCGGCCAAGCUAAUCAACAAAUUCCCCAAGCUCAAGUGCAACCACAAGUUCAACCAGGUCAACCUCAGCAACAAGUUCCUCAAGGUCAAGUUCAACAACAAGCCUCUCAAGGUCAAGUACCACCAGUUCUAGAGCAAGGCCAAGCUCAAGGUUCACAACAAUCACCCCCUGCUCAAAAUCCUAGCGGAAUACAGCACUAA